AUGCUUCUCGUUAAGUCGGUGUGUGGCAGCGCUCACCGUUACUUGCAGCACCAGCAACGACGAGAAGCUUCGCCGCUACCGGCGUUGCUGCAAGCUAGGUUGAUUUUUUUAAUUUCACGAAGAUGUUCCGAUCUUCUUGAGAUCGAUGUUGUUCCGAUCUUUGAUGAUCAUCAUACCGAUCGGUUUGGAGUGGAUGGUUGUGGAUCUGUCGAGGAUGCUGACUCAGCUCCCACCCGGUAUAUGCAAAAAGCGCAAACACAGAAACCACUGACAAGAAGUAGACAAACACAGCACUGGAGUGAAUCUGAAACUCCCAAACUCAGAGGCGCAACAUCCGGAGACCAAAAAACCACGGCAAUCGUCGCAAAGAUGCAAUCUUUAUCAUCAUUUUCAGUCCACCCCCUCCUCAUUCUGUUACCCAUUCUGAGUCUUUUGAAAAUCUCUUCUUCCCAAGAAGGGUUUUGCUCUGCACCAUCAAUUUUGAGUGCUGACCGGCCCCUCUAUUGGAAAGUCACAAACCCAACGCUCUCGCCCUCUCAUCUUCAGGACUUGCCCGGAUUUACUCGCAGUGUGUACAAAAGGGACCAUGCUUUGAUAACUCCUGAAAGUCACGUUUUCAGCCCUUUACCGGAUUGGAUUAACACAAUGGGUGCUUAUCUAAUUACACCGGCAAUGGGCUCGCAUUUUGUUAUGUUCUUGGCAAAGAUGCAAGAAAACUCAAAAUCGGGCUUGCCUCCGAUUGAUGUUGAAAGAUUUGUUUUUGUGCUUCAAGGUGCGGUGACUCUCAUCGAUGUGUCAGACAUCAGUCACGAACUAGUGGUGGAUUCAUAUGCUUAUCUUCCUCCAAACUCAAAACAUUCCUUGAACUCUGAUGCAUCUGCCACUCUUGUUGUAUUUGAAAGAAGGCAUGCCUAUUUAGAAAAUCAUGUUGCCGAGCAUAUUGUUGGUUCAACAGAUAAGCAGCCCCUUCUUGAAACUCCAGGCGAGGUGUUUGAGCUUAGGAAGCUUCUUCCGACUUCUUUGCCUUACGAUUUCAACAUUCAUAUCAUGGACUUUCAGCCAGGUGAAUUCCUCAAUGUAAAGGAAGUCCACUAUAACCAGCAUGGAUUAUUGCUUUUGGAAGGGCAGGGUAUAUACCGCCUGGGUGAUAGCUGGUAUCCAGUGCAAGCUGGGGAUACUAUUUGGAUGGCACCAUUUGUGCCUCAGUGGUAUGCUGCUCUUGGCAAGACGAAAUCACGCUAUUUGCUGUAUAAAGAUGUGAACAGAAAUCCAUUGUAA